GGAGCGGUUUAAAGGGAUAUGUGCCAAACAGGGGAAAGUGAGACUAGCACGAUGAUCGGCACGGACGAGUUGGGCCGAGCGGCCUUGCGUCUUAAUCUAUGUCUCUAUGUAUUAUUUUCUAUGAAUCUGUUUUAAAAGCAGGAGUUAUAUGGAACCUUUAUCCGUAGGGGAUGCACCAAGGUGCUGCUGACAGAGUUGGUCUUGGCUGAGCUCGGUUCUGCAGCGUUGGGAAGGAGACUACAUAAAUGCAAGCGGUUGUUGUUGGCGUUUCUCCCCAGUGCCUUCUCUUUGGCUGCCGAGGCUCGGAAUCCUCGCCCUCGUCCCACAGCAGACACUGCCCCGCUCCCACAGCACUUCCUCUCCCGCCUGCCCACCAGUCGCAGCCUCGGCCGCGCUGCCUGAUCGUUUCUGGCAGCGGGAUUGCGAGCGGGGACCGGAUCGGGGUCAGACGACGGCAGCCGGCGACUGAGGAUCGCGGCGCCCCCGCCGCGGGACCAUGUGGCCGUUCUACCUGUUGGUGGCCUCCGUGGAAGGCCAGCUAAUUCCUGGGAGCAACUUUACCAAUGAGUGCAACAUUCCGGGGAACUUCAUGUGCAGUGACGGCAGGUGUAUUCCCGGGGCCUGGCAGUGUGACGGCCAGCCAGACUGCUUUGACAAGAGUGAUGAAAAGGAGUGUCCAAGAGUCAAAUCCAAAUGUGCUCCAACCUUUUACCCCUGCGCCAGCGGCGUGCAUUGUAUUAUCGGGCGUUUCCGGUGUAACGGAUUUGAGGAUUGUCCAGAUGGCAGUGAUGAGGAAAACUGCACAGCAAAUCCCCUGUUAUGUUCAACAGCCCGUUUCCACUGUAAGAAUGGAAGGUGUGUCGACAAGAGCUUCCUUUGUGACGGAGUGAACAACUGCCAGGACAAUAGUGAUGAAGAUGACUGUGAGAUCUCACCAGACGACAGCCCGGCUGGGGGCCACGACUACGUGACGUCCGACGUGCGGAUAUUCCCGUACUACCCCAGCGUGGUUUUCGCCAUCAUCGGCAGCUCCGUGGUGUUCGUCCUGCUGAUGGCGCUGAUGGCCAUGGUGCUGCACCACCACCGCAAGCGCACCAACCUGGUGGGCCACGUGACGCCCCCCCUGCAUCGCCUGCAGCACCCGCUGCUCCUGUCCCGGCUGGUCAUCCUUGACCGCACCCAUCACUGCAACGUCACCUACAACGCCAGCAGCGGUAUCCAGGUCACCGCCAGCUCCAUGUACCACCAGCCCCUGGCCACAGAAGAGGUGCCGCCCUCCUACUCUGAGGCUGUGCUAGAACGGAGCAGGCCACCAUGGUUUGACCUCCCACCGCCUCCAUACCUCUCAGACACUGAGAUCCUCAGCCAUCCUGAACUGCCACCUUACCGUUCCAGGGCAGGGAGCACCUUGAGCUCUCAUCAUUCGAGCAGCCUGCAGGAGAGCACCGAAAUCAGAGACUGCCUGCUCGGCACCAGAUCACGAGAAGAACCGUGAUCAAAGAGCCAUGCUGUAGGACAGCAGUUGUGUUCUUGCACUAGCUGACACUUAAAGGCACACUUGUUGAAGGAAUCGACUCAAGAAGCAAAGAAAAAAACAGAGACUUUUAAUUGUUUUGACUUGUUUCAUCUCUUCAUUGUGAAGGAAUGACUGAGACCUGGAUGAAUGGUAAAAUCCAGUUGCCUUCAGAUGUUUGGCCCUGGGGAGCUACUUUUUGGGGUGACCAUGUAAAUGAUCUUGGGCGCGGGCAGCCUUUUGGGGGCCAGUGCCGAAUACAUUGUGAAGUAACCCAAAGCCUGGAUAGGAAACCUAAAUCAAUAAAUGCAAAAAUAGUAAGUUUUGAGAUGUAUGUUUACCAGGGGGUCGCUGCUGCAGAUCCUGAGGCACAUACAUCUACGAUAACCAAGUGGCAGGCACCAGCACAUGUCCAACUCACUGGAGAGCCUCAGGCAAUGUAGUGGGGCAGAAAGGAAACGAGCAGAAUUGUGCCGAUGUUACAUCUGUGGACGCUUGGUCCAUUGCAACUCAAAAGCUAAAAAAAACGUCGGUACUUUCUGCUCCUGGUAUUCAGCUGACUGCAUGCCAGUGGUCAUCUGCUGUUUUGUUGAACUGUGAGCCUCUUUCCUCUCUCUCACCCUGAGCUGAAGUGUGGCUGACCACAUCCAGUGAGUCCUCAAGGUGAUUUGUGCAGGGGCUGCCUGCCAUCCAUAUUGACAUGGGCGAGGAUGGCGGUGUAAUGUAUUUGUCCUUGCAGCAGGGUACUAACCCAACAGCUUCACCGCAUCAUUCCAAAUACACAAGCCUCCAGGCCAAAUGAAGGCCUGUAGCUGGACAUGCAAGUUCCCUUGGGGAGUCACUCAGUCAAGGGUCAUGAGGAACAUCCCUGUCCAUGCCCUCUGCAAUGUCUCAUUGGAUUCUGAAUCUCAUACGUGAGGGGCUGACGAUCAUAAAAUAUAUCCAGCAGUUCCACAGCCAGGCGAUACACAUCCAACAAAGGAUUGCACUCUAAUCCAUCCUUACUUUGUACGAGCACAGAUAACUGGCCAGAUGGUUGGGUGCUGUUAGUUUAUAUUCUGAGAUAUACUCCUUUCUUAAAAGCUGUUCUUUCAGGGAAAAAAAACAACUGUCCAGACUGCCUUGCAAUGCAAUGUGCUGGAAUUCGUAUUUUCAACAUCGAUGCUUUUUGGGGAUGGUUGUCCUGUCACAAUUUAAACAGAACGCUCAACUCAUCUGUAAUGACCUGCUGGCAGUUAGGGCAGCAAUGAAGGUCCUGAGUCUCUGUCUGUCCUUGGUCUUGAUCGUGGCAGUGUUCAGGCCUGCUUUCUCAUACCAGUAGCUUUCUCUUGGUCUUUACUACCGUCAGUUGUGCAAGUCCCAAGUGGAGACUCAGGAAUACCGUUGCAUUCAGAUGUCGAAGGAUUCUUUAGUGCUGUUUCCGUAACAAUUUUGUUUGACCAGUCAGGGCUAUUAGCCCUGAGCUGAACCCCAGAACCUGGAGGACCAGUGGACCACUCUUAGUCUGGCCUCUACCCUUUGACCUGUUUGCCAUGGGUGACCCUACCAAGAGCCAAAGCACAAAGCCCUGAUUCCAGCCAACACAGCUCUCCAGGUCAUUGAGAUACACUAGCCUCCAAACCCUAUGACAAGGUCGUGCUCCUACUGGACGAUAGGAGAGUUUAUUUCCAAAGACAACUGAUCUCUGCCCAAUCAACCCCAUACAACAUUGGCACAUCCAUAACAUAGGAAAGGUAGCAACAACUAAGUGCAUUUUUAAAAUCCAUGGCACCAAACUCAGUCCAGUUGUUUAAAAUUUUAUAAUGCCCAACCUAUAGAUAACAGCCCCUUCAUAGCACACUAUGUAAAACCAAACGGUACUCAAACCCUCCUAGUUAUGGAAAACUACAGCAAACUGGUAACAUUGCAAGGAUUUGCAGUUCACCAACCUACAGUACAAAUCCAGCAAAUCCCCUUCCCCAUUGUAUGUAUGCCAUCUUGUCUCCUUCCUCUUCACUAAGUAAUAUUGCACUAAACAAAGUCCCAACACACCAUCACAAUUCCUCUCUGAUCAUUGGAGACCAGCUGUAGUAGAAGGUGUUUCUUUACGAUGAGAGGCUUCAUUGUUUUGAAUUUCACUGCAAUAAAUCCAUGUAAUGAAGUGCUUACCAAGCCCCUUUUGAUCUAUAGAAUUUCCCUGAUCAAACCCAGAUUAAUGGUAUACUUGUUCAGUGUGCUAAACGCCUCCCACUGUAUGCAAUUAAUCUUGCUCUAUACCAAAUCCCCUUCAGUUGGUACAAUCCCUCUGUACUAACCAUCCUCUCACUUUUAUUGUCUUUCAUCAUGUAAAUUCUUGAUUAUAUUUUCUUCCUGCUCUGUCUUCAGGAUUAUUACCUGACGGUGUUCAUUUCCUCUCUCUGCGUAGAUUGAAUUUUCAUUUCUGCAUUAGCUUUACUGGCAGCUCUUAAAGUUGUUUGUUCCUGUUCCUUUUUAUGCAUCUUUGGAGGACAGGUAUUCAAAAAGAAUUAAGUAAAUCAAGGGGAAAAAAAACACUUAAAUAGCCUGUGUAGGGAAAUUGAGCCCCAAGUCAUUACAUGAAUAGCCAUGCCUAGAUACACUGGUUACAAUUUAUGUUUGGAAACAAGAGUCUCUUAUUAACUUCAGCUGCUCCUGGCUCCAAUUAUUCAGGCUGCUAACAAUCCAAGCUGCCACAACACUACUGAAUUAUUUCUUGCUCUUUGUGCUUUGUGACUUGCAACACCGUGUUGGAUGUGCUUGCCUGGAUAAUUGAAGUACGAAAAUAGCAAGUCAUAUAUUCAGCAACUAAGAAUCUGAAUCUAACUCAGCCUCUGUCUUCAGCAUCGCCCGAGAAAGGAACAGCUUGUGAAAGAUCAGAAAGAGUCGCGUCUUUUAAUGUUUUAACUGGAGUUUGAUAACAUGCAGCAGGAUAAAAUUCUCACUUCAGAGAUGGUGUCUACUGUGUAUCUAUUUAAAGAUUACGAGCCCUUUUCUUAGAAGCUGUGUGCUCAUAGAGUUUAUAAAGUUAUUCACUGUAAUAGCUUUGACAUGACUAUUUAAUGAGAAAUUUAUUCCAUGAAUGAUAUUCAGGCUUAUGUAUAAUUUUACUUUUUUGCAAUAUUAAAUAUUUGAAAUUGAAAGUGAGAGAUAGAGUACUGUUUAAUAUUCAGAGGAUGUUGUAUCAUUGCCCAGAUCUCAGGGUAGG